AUGGAUUCCGAAGUUCUUGCUUCUUGUAUACUCUUCCUUCAUCUAUUGAUUGUCCUGGGAGCCUGCGAUAUCAUACCCAAGGCCAAGGAUAGUGGUACUAAUGCAAUCAGGCUCCAGGGCAUGGAUGCUAAUAAUCCUUAUCGAAAUGAUGAGACACAUCUUGUUGCUCACAUUCAUGAAAAGAAGUCAAUGCAUGAUCCUUCUCUUUCCUCAUCCCACAUGAUGCAUCAGAUAGAUCCAAGAACAACCAUGUUUUUCGUUUUAGAUGAUCUCAAGUUAGGCAAAACAAUGAGUAUCCUUUUCCCUGAUGGAGAUCCUAGUCCUUUGUCCUCUCCUUAUCUUUGGCCUAGAGAACAAGCCGAUGCUAUCCCCUUUUCAUUGGCAAAACUCCCACAAAUUCUUUAG